AUGGCGACGGGAAAAAGCUACUACGCUCGGCCUAGCCAUCGCUUCCUCGGCACCGAUCAGUCGUACUUCGCCGCCACCGAUUCAGGAUUCGAGUUCGAUGAAUCCGAUCUCUACUCGUCAGCCGGUUUCGUCCAUUCCGAUUCGCAUGAUUUUCGCCGGAAAGUCUCUUCAUCAGGCAGAUCCGGGAAAACUCCGUCAAAUCGGCCGUCCUCCUGCGCCGCUUCCUCCGCCGUAACGGCGUCUUCGCUCCCGGUUAACGUACCUGACUGGUCGAAGAUUCUCCGGGAGGAGCCCCGCGGUAAUCGCCGGAGAAGCAUCGAGGAGGACGAUCACGAAGACGGAGGCGAUUGGUUGGAUGCUAGCGGCGGAAGAUUGCCGCCGCACGAGUUUCUGGCGAGGACGAGAAUGGCGUCCUUCUCGGUUCACGAAGGAGUUGGGAGGACAUUGAAAGGAAGAGAUCUGAGUAGGGUCAGAAAUGCAAUUUUUGAGAAAAUUGGGUUCCAGGAUUAA